AUGUACUUCUUUAUAAGAAACGUAUCCUUCAUUGAGAUAUGCUUCCCUUUAGAUACAAUCCCCAAAAUGCUGGUUAACUUACUGUUGAGAAAUAAAAGUAUAUUCUAUACAGGUUGUGCAGUUCAAAUGUUUUGCUUCUUCUAUUUUGGGUGUGCUGAGCGUUUCCUCUUAACUGCCAUGUCUUAUGACCAUUAUGUUGCCAUCUGCAACCUAUUAUACUAUACCAAUAUCAUGAGCAGGAACUUCUGUCUGAAGUUGGUUGGUGGAGUUUGGCUGAUUGGUAUUCUUGUGUCAUUGCAGCAGGCAGCCUGGAUCUUCAGCCUUCCAUUCUGUAGCAUGAAAAAGAUUAAUCACUUCUUCUGUGAUGCCCCUCCUGUAUUGAUGUUAGUCUGUGCUGAUACUUCUUUUUUUGAAAUUCAAGCCAUAGUCUGUACACUUGUAUUCCUUAUGUUUCCUUUUGUGCUGAUUUUGAUUUCCUACACCCGCACCAUCAUCACCAUCAUCACAAUUCCUUCACCAGUAGGCAGGAAAAAAGCCUUCUCUACAUGUUCAUCUCAUCUAAUUGUGGUGAUACUAUUUUGUGGAAGUGAGAGCAUUGUUUAUCUAAGGCCCAAUUCCACCUAUUCACCAGAACUUUAA